CCCGAGUAAUGCAAAAUUGUAUCGUAGAACGUAAACUUGUCUUAAAUAGGAUGAUACGUCCUUAUAGCACUUGCCCAGCUGGGAUGAAAAUAACAAUUUGUGGAGCUGCGGGAUGUACAGGCCAACCCUUGGCAUUGCUUUUAAAACAAUGCCCAUUAUUAGACGAGAUAGCUUUAUACGAUGUCUGCGCCACUUGUGGUUACGGCAUGGAACUAAGUCACGUCGAUACCAAGUGCAAAGUAUCUUCGUUUUCUGGACGUCAUAUGCUUUGUGAUGCUCUUAAGGACGCAAAAGUAGUCGUAAUUGUUGCAAGAAAUCAGUGUGAUACUUUCGAAAACAAUGCACCGGUUAUUACAGAAAUUACUCUGCAAAUUUGUAACACUUGCCCUGACGCUUUCACGAUCGUAGCAACUGAGCCCAUAGAAAGCCUGGUUCCGCUUGUUAGUGAAAUACAAAGACUGCGUGGCAUCUACAACCCGCGAUUGCUUUUGGGUUGUGUGGAGUUAAACUGCGUUCGAGCAAAUACGGUGUUGGCGAAUUUUAUGCGAGUACCCCCGGAAUCAGUUCGUGUUCCCGUCAUUGGUGGAGCUACGCCUAAAACUAUGGUACCAGUACUCUCCGCUGCCGUUCAUCCAUGUACCAUAUCACAGGAACAGACUGAAUGUGUGACAUCGUCUAUAAUGAGCGGGAACGAGGCAGUGUGCGCAGCUAAAUGCUCGUGUACUGAAACUGCAUGUCUAGCAGGUGCUUACGCUCUGGCAAGAAAUACUAUUAACGUUGUUAAGGGUCUGCAAGGUGGAAGGAAUAUCAUACAAUGUGCCUACGUGGAUAGUCUCGGCACAUGCGCACCGGAUUGUCAAUUUUUUGCAAGCGAAGUUAUUUUAGGACCUUCUGGAAUCGAGAAAAAUUUAGGCAUUCCGGAACUAUCUAAAUUUGAAAACUGUCUUCUAUGCAAUUGUUUGCCAUACGUUCGUAAUGAGAUAGCUCGCGCUAUAUGGCUGGUAUAUACAAUGUGCCAUCAGUGUUGCUGUUCAACUUGCGUGGCUCAUCCAGACACAUGCUUCACGGCGCCUAUCGUCCCAUGUGUACCGCCAACUAACUGGACCUGCGAUUGUCCUGAUACUUGCCGAGAUGAAUACUUAGCUUCCAUAUGUCGUGAAAUGAGCUGCAAAUGUGGAAGUACAGAACUAUGCUGGAGACCCCGUGAGGCGGACUAUAACGCCGCUCGUGCUGCUAACUUGACAAAUCAAAUGCCAUUAAAAGGUCUCUCGUGCAAUGUUUGUAACGUACCUAGAAGCGUACGAAUCGAUAAGGAAAUAAGAAAUAGAUUCAAUGACUCUUAGAUUUUCAGAAUAGUGAAAUUAUGUCUAAAACAUAUCUGGUGUCGAUAAAAAUCUUUUAUAAUUGACCAAAUUGAAAUUUGACGUUUUUGUUAGA